AAUGACGAAGAAAUGGCAGUGUGAAGCUUCCGGGUCUCCGCCUCUCGCCUUGGCAGCUUGGGGGCGGAGUUUAGUAUCAUCCGUCAACAUCUGCGGUGACAGAGUCGUCUGGCUUCAGGCUGGCAGGGUAUAGAGAGCAAGCUCCAGGCUGGUGGGGCCACAAUGGCGGAUGCCGAGGAUUUCUGCCCUCACCUGGACUCCAUUGGAGAAGUUACCAAGGAAGAUCUUAUCUUGAAAUCCAAGGGAACGUGUGAGUCGUGCGGCGUGGGAGGACCCAACCUAUGGGCCUGUCUGCAGGAUGGCUGCCAGUCUGUGGGAUGCGGCGAGUCGUAUGCUGAUCAUAGUACCCUGCAUGCACAGUCCAAGAAGCACAACCUCACUGUUAACCUGACCACAUUCCGUGUGUGGUGUUACACCUGCGAGAAGGAAGUGUUUCUGGACCCCCAGGCACCUCCGGCCUCGCAGACAACGUCUCCCAGACUCAGUCACAGGGACUUCCCUUCUCCUGCUCAUCCACUGAAGUCUGUCCCCAUUGCUGUUGGAGAUGAUGGCGAGUCAGAGAGUGAUGAAGACGACAUCAAGCCACGAGGACUCACGGGAAUGAAAAACAUUGGCAACUCCUGCUACAUGAAUGCGGCCCUCCAGGCUCUGUCCAACUGUCCUCCCCUGACGCAGUUCUUUCUGGAGUGUGGGGGAUUAGUCCGGACAGACAAGAAGCCAGCACUGUGCAAAAGUUACCAGAAACUCGUCUCUGAGCUGUGGCACAAGAAGCGGCCAAGUUAUGUGGUGCCCUCCAGCUUGUACCAUGGGAUCAAACUGAUUAACCCUCUGUUCCGGGGUUAUUCCCAACAGGACACCCAGGAGUUUCUCCGCUGCCUGAUGGACCAACUCCAUGAGGAACUGAAGGAACCCAUCCUGCCUGAGAACCAGGAACAGGAAGAAGAGGAAAGGGACGAUCAACGAGAGGGGGAACGAGGCGGCACAGCGGAGGAGGACUUCCUGUCGUGCGAUUCUGGUGGCGAGAUGGGGGACGGGGAGGGUGGAGGAGGCGUGGGCACAUUGUCCGAGAUGGAGCUGCUAAUCCGGGAGGAAGUUGGGAGGGGGCUCUCUGAAAAGGAGAAGUUGAAGGAAAGGAAGCUGUCAUAUUGUCACAGAAGGACAAGCUCAGAGCAGGCAGAUGAGGAUGCAGAUGUGGACACAGCAAUGAUUCCAGAGCCUGAUAAUGACGCCUACAUGCACUGCUCCUCUCGGUCCUGCAGCCCACACCCAGUGGAAUCCAUCUCCAAGCACUCCAGCACCCCUCCUCGCUCCAGUCCACUGCGCACCGCCCAUUCCUACGUCUUAAAAAAAGCUCAAGUUCUGAGUGGAGGAAAGAAACGCUCCGAAGUCCGAUAUCGAAGCGUUAUUUCUGAUAUCUUCGAUGGGUCUAUACUGAGUCUGGUCCAGUGUCUGACCUGCGACAGGGUCUCUACUACUAUUGAGACCUUCCAGGACCUUUCCCUGCCCAUCCCUGGAAAAGAGGACCUGGCAAAGUUACACUCCACCAUCCACCAGAGCACUGUCAUUAAGGCUGGCACUUGCGGGGAUAGCUAUGCUGCCCAGGGCUGGCUGGCCUUCGUUAUGGACUACAUACGCAGAUUUGUGGUUUCUUGCAUCCCAAGCUGGUUCUGGGGUCCCAUGAUAACGCUGGAGGAUUGCCUGGCUGCUUUCUUUGCUGCUGAUGAAUUAAAAGGUGAUAACAUGUACAGUUGUGAGCGCUGUAAGAAGCUUAGAAAUGGUGUGAAAUACUGUAAAGUUUUACGUCUGCCGGAGGUUCUGUGCAUUCACCUGAAACGUUUCCGGCACGAAGUCAUGUACUCCUUUAAAAUUGGCAGCCAUGUUUCAUUCCCUCUGGAGGGGCUUAAUCUGAGACCCUUCCUGGCUAAAGAAUGUGUUUCCCGUAUCACGACUUAUGAUCUCUUGGCUGUUAUUUGCCACCACGGCAGUGCCAGCAGUGGGCACUAUAUAUCUUAUUGCCAGAAUGUGAUCAACGGACAGUGGUACGAGUUUGACGAUCAGUACGUCACGGAGGUGCACGAGACAGUGGUUCAGAAUGCAGAGGCCUAUGUUCUCUUCUACAGGAAGAGCAGCGAGGAGGCUGAGCGGGAGAGGCAGAAGGUGGUGUCCUUGGCAGCCAUGAAAGAGUCGGGCCUCCUGCAGUUCUACAUCUCCCGCGAGUGGCUUAACAAGUUCAACACGUUUGCAGAACCUGGACCAAUAAGCAACCAAAGUUUCCUAUGUGCACAUGGAGGGAUUCCCCCCAACAAAUAUCAUUAUAUUGAUGAUCUGGUGGUGAUUCUCCCGCAGAGUGUGUGGGAAUAUCUAUAUAACAGGUUUGGAGGUGGACCCGCAGUGAAUCACUUGUACGUCUGCUCCAUCUGUCAGGUGGAGAUCGAGGCCUUGGCGAAACGCAGAAAGACAGAGAUUGACACUUUCAUUAAGCUGAAUAAAGCAUUCCAAGCAGAAGAAGCCCCCAGUGUGAUAUACUGUAUCAGCAUGCAGUGGUUCCGGGAGUGGGAAGCCUUUGUUAAAGCCAAGGACAGUGACCCUCCCGGCCCAAUUGAUAACAGCAAAGUGGCACUUACCAAGAGUAGCGGGCACGUGCAGCUGAAACAGGGCGCUGAUUACGGGCAGAUUUCGGAGGAGACGUGGAAUUACCUGUUGAACAUAUAUGGAGGCGGGCCAGAGAUCGCAAUCCGCCAGACGGUGGCGCAGUAUCAGGAUCCGGAACAUCUGCACGGAGAGCAGAAGAUUGAAGCAGAGACACGGGCCGGGUAGCUGGACCCAAGGUUCUUAUGGAUCCCCCGAUGCGCUACAGAACAGACUGCUGCCUGCCAGUCUAACGCACUUCUAGAAGCACCUUGAGAAUAAGCCGUGCAGAGACACUGUGUUUUACUCUUCGUAUCGUUUGGAGCUAAUGUUACAGAUAGUACAGAUAUUUAUUAAAUAUAUAUAUAUAUAUAUAACUUCCCAGGUCUUUAGUUUACCAAACAGCGAGUUUAACAUAAAAACUGCAGCUCAGCGACUUGUAAUUGAAGAUUCAGUAGGAAGAUCCUUCCACGGAAACUCUGGAAGCGUAGAGGUUGGUUCAGCGCAGGAAAGGGAUAUUGAGCGAGUGCAACCAGAUUACUGCUAUAACUGUUGUUUACAAAGAGGCGCAGCCUUGUGAUGAUUACAGUGUACAACUCUCAUCCCUAAGCCGGCUUGUCUUAACAGUACUGCCUUUCUAUUAUUCCCUCACGUGCGCUCAUGAUCAGACACAUAGUAAAGGGUUGCAGGGAGUUGUCUACAGUGCCGGCCUAUCGAUUUAGUAAUCUGGCAGAGGAAAGAAACCUAAAAGAAAGGUUACAAUGCCAGUGACAGCGCCUAUCUCUGGCUACUUUUGGUAAGGACAGAGCACGGUUGUCACUUUCCCCACUCUCUUUCUUCUUAGCUUUAUGAAAUGUGCUGUAUCCUGCCUCCGACCUACUUUUCUCUAUUCACUGUGAUGUGCAUGUCGUGCUGUAGUCGCACCAUCCUGUACAGUCAGUAUUACAUUGGGCUCAGGCUGAGGGCCUGCUGCAUAAAAUCAAAUAAAUGUAUUCAUCGACUUUAA